AUGUGAGGUCAGUCAGUCAGGUGACGCUAGCGUCAGCAGACUCCUCCUGCAGGGGAAUCCCCUCAAACUCCACGCGUGGAUUUUGCUUUGGGUUUGUAAGAGUAGCUCAUUUUUAUGUUGUGUUGUUUUGGCCCUCGCGUGAGUCACUCGGAACUCAUCAUCGCAAGACUCUUGCAAGAGUAACGUGAAAACCGUUUGGGGAGAGGAGGUCAGAGAAGUAAAUUAUCGCAAGUUUUGCGAAUCUAAAACAAGCCAUGGCAGAAAGUCAAGAAUUUGCCGACCUCUGGGAGAGAAACCUCAUUUCCACUCAAGAAGCUGGUACUUGCUGGGAAUUGAUCAAUGAUGAGCAGUAUCUUCCAAGCUCCUUCGAUCCAAACAUCUUCGACAAUGUGAUCACUGAACAGCCUCAGCCGUCCACCUCCCCUCCGACCGCCUCUGUUCCAGUGGCCACUGAUUAUCCUGGGGAACAUGGCUUCAAACUGGGGUUCCCACAGUCUGGCACCGCCAAAUCUGUGACCUGCACUUACUCCUCUGAUCUGAAUAAGCUUUUUUGCCAAUUGGCGAAAACUUGUCCAGUUCAGAUGGUGGUGGGUGUUGCCCCUCCCCAGGGCUCAGUGAUCAGAGCCACAGCCAUUUACAAGAAGUCCGAACACGUGGCUGAGGUGGUCCGUCGAUGUCCCCACCACGAGAGAACCCCAGAUGGUGAUGGAUUGGCUCCAGCUGCUCACCUGAUCCGAGUGGAAGGAAACUCGCGUGCUCUUUACAGGGAGGAUGAUGUCAACUCGAGGCACAGUGUCAUGGUUCCCUACGAAGCUCCUCAACUGGGAGCAGAGUUUACAACGGUGUUGUACAAUUUUAUGUGCAAUAGCAGUUGCAUGGGAGGGAUGAAUCGCCGGCCCAUCCUCACAAUCAUCACUCUGGAGACUCAUGAUGGUCAGUUGCUGGGCCGCAGGUCUUUCGAGGUGCGUGUGUGCGCGUGCCCAGGCAGAGACAGAAAAACUGAGGAGAGCAACUUCAGGAAAGACCAGGAGACCAAAACCUUGGGCAAGACCCCCUCUGCUAAUAAACGUAGUUUGACGAAAGAGUCAACUUCAUCUGUGGCUCGACCUGAGGGCAGUAAAAAGGCCAAGCUGAGCGGGAGCAGUGAUGAAGAGAUGUAUACGCUGCAGGUGAGGGGUAAAGAAAGAUAUGAAAUGUUGAAGAAGAUUAACGACAGUUUGGAAUUGAGCGACGUGGUGCCUCCAUCUGAAAUGGACAGAUACCGGCAGAAAUUACUCACCAAGGGCAAGAAGGAGAAGGAUGGCCAAACACCUGAGCCCAAAAGAGGCAAAAAACUAAUGGUUAAAGACGAAAAAAGCGAUUCGGAUUAGGAUGGCGGGAUGCUGACUGCCUUUCUUUUGCCUUUGUUUGACCAAAACAGUUUGUCAUGGGAAGCAUUUGGUGAAUUGCAGAUCCAUGAUCCCUCAGUCCUGUAUGUCAUGUGUUAUCUUGUUCACUCCUCUGGGAACUUUGUAAGUCAGCUGAUUCAGAAGUGGUCUAUAUGAAUGAGGCUAGUAAUGGCCGGUUGCUGUAGGUGUGUAGUGCUUUAUCAGCACUGGAGGAGCAAUGCAGACAUGAGAUUUAACCAUGUGUGGGAUUAUUCCUGUUGUAGGUCAGUGCAGGUCACUUUCCUCCCAACAUGUAGUGGCAAGGUUGUAGAAUUGUCACUGACUUACUGGAUGACCAUUUUGUUGAAAAUAUAUUAAUGCCAGUAUUUUUUUAUUUUUUUUGUAAGAAAAGAGUACUAUUGCUGAUUAGCUAAAACCAGCAUAAAUGGUUACAAGCCAAAUAACUAAUAAAAAUAACAACAAAAAAAUUAUAAUUACACUGGUUUUGUUUUUGGAAUCCUUUUUAUUAGGUUAAUUUCCGUUCAUAUUCAUAAGCAAAUAAAAUUGUCAAGAACUCAGGGCGUGUUUGAGUCCCUCCUGGUAAUCUUGAUAAUACUAUUCUACUGUUCCAACUUGAUGUAUAUUUUUAUGCUGUUUUUCUUUUUCUUUUUUCCUUUCAUGUAUACACAUAGUUAUCUUUUAUACAUAUAUAUAUAUAUAUAUAUACAUGUGCAUUUUUUUUGUAGAUGGGCAAGUUUUUUUUUUAAGAACACCUUUUUUUUUAAAUAC